AUGACGUUAUAUCAUUUUGGAAACUGUCUGGCCUUAGUUUAUGCGCCAUAUCAUAUGGCGUAUAAGUUUUCUGGAGUUAAUGAGUAUGCGUCGUUCUCAAAAUGUGUUUACGCAGGUGGUCUGUACAUUUUUACACAACUAUGCAAAAUGUUACUUUUAGCCACCUUUUUCCCUGAUUCUGAUAAUUUAAAUACCACUGGAGAAUACAAUGUAAUUUUGGAGAUCCUGAAGGCUACAGUAGACUUUGCUGAUUUGGUGGGACUUUACUUUGCUCUGAAUUCAGUCCCUGGGAAGGGCCAUGCAAAGAUUCUCACUGCAGCUAUUGGCUGGGCUAGUGCAGAGGCGGUGGUGACGCUGUGCGUGCCGCUGUGGGUGGGGGCGCGCGGGUCGGAGUUCUCGUGGCGCUACGUGCGGUGGUGCGCGGGCGCGGGCGCGGCGCUGGUGCGGCUGGCGGCGCGCGCGGCGCUCGUGUGGCUGGCGGCGCGGCACGACCUGGCGCGUGCGCUGCGGGCGCCGGUCGCCGCGCUACUGCUGGCGGCGCCCUACCGCGCGCUGCUCCUCCGCGCGGUGGCGGCGCUGCUCUCCCUGCCGCAGGAGCACAUCGCGCGCGUCGCGCUCCACGGGGCCCACACCGCUGCGGUCGCGCUCGCGGCGCUGGCCAUGUACGCGAUACAGACGCAGCAGAAUGCGUAUUAA